AUGGCGGACGUUGAUCUUUAUAAAGUGCUCCGGGUUUCGAAAAACGCAUCCGAUGGCGAAAUUAAGAAGGCUUAUAGAAAAUUAGCAAAAGAAUUUCAUCCUGAUAAGAAUCCUGACCAUGGAGACAAGUUCAAAGAAAUCAGUUUUGCAUAUGAAGUUUUAUCAAACCCAGAGAAACGUAGCACUUAUGAUUCUUAUGGGAUAGAAGGAAUUCGUGGAGAAGCAGGCCCUGGUUCAGCAGAUGAUAUAUUUUCACAUUUAUUUGGUGGUGGCAUGGGAGGCGGUUUGUUUGGUGGAUUUCCUGGCUUUGGUGGUGGUGGUGGUGGUGGCAGGAGGCGAAAGCAACGAGGUGAAGACACGGUUCAUCCACUUAGGGUAACUCUAGAAGAUUUAUAUAAUGGUAAAAUGUCUAAACUGCAAUUGAGUAAGAAUGUUAUAUGUCGUGUUUGUAAUGGGGAGGGUGGUAAGACAGGAGCUUUACAGACUUGUAGAAUCUGCCAUGGUCGUGGUGUAAAAGUAACGAUACGUCAGCUUGCACCGGGUAUGGUGCAGCAAAUGCAAUAAAAUUGUGAUUUGUUUGUACGUACAGGGGAAACAAUUAAUGAGAAAGACAGAUGUAAAACAUGCCAUGGUAGGAAAGUUAUUAAAGAGUCUAAAAUACUACAAGUACAUGUAGAUAAAGGAAUGAAAGACGGGCAGAAAAUAACCUUCCGCUGGGAAGGUGACCAACAGCCCGGCUUGGAACCCGGUGAUGUCAUCAUAGUGUUACAACAAAGAGAGCAUGAUGUGUUUCAACGUGAUGGUUUGGAUCUGUACAUGUCAUAUAGCAUUGGUCUAGCGGAAGCACUCUGUGGAUUUCAAAUUUCUGUUACACAUUUAGAUGGAAGACGGCUACUUGUCAAGUCUGCCCCUGGUGGAGUGAUAAACCCAGGUAGCAUGCGGGCUAUUGUGGGAGAAGGCUUUCCUGUGUAUAAAAGUCCAUUUGAAAAGGGAAAUCUCUAUAUCAAAUUUGAAAUUAAAUGGCCAGAAAACAACUUUGCUGAUGAAAACAAAUUAAAGAUGAUUGAAAAGUUUUUGCCUCCACGGCCAAAAAUGCCACCACUGGAUGACAACGUUGAAGAAGUUGAUCUGACUGAAUAUGAAGAAAGACUCAAUAAACGCUCGGGGCGAGAAGCAUAUCAUGAAGAUGAUGACGCCGAUGAAGGACAUCAUGGGCCGGGUGUUCAGUGUGCUCACCAGUAGUAUGUCAUAAUUACUUGAAUCAGAGAGGACUAAGUUUAAAUGAAACACCAUCAAGUAUUUAGCACCAAGUCCUGCUCCUGUAGUUUACAAUGCUGAAAUGUUCAUGAAUUUUGGUAUACUGUUGAUGAUAUUCAUUAAUAUACAAAUAAAUUUUCAUAUGAAAAACAACUGAUUAGGUAGAUUAGAAACGUUACAGGAAUAUAUAAACAAAUCUGUCAACUUUGUCUUAAAAGUUUAAGUCACAAACAUUUACUCAAUGCUAAUGUUUCUUGAAAUGAUCAGCAACAUUGAUAUUUACUAUGAUGGAUGUUUUAUGCCAACUUUCUCAUCCUUGAGUUAGAGGGAGCAAUGACUUCGCCACCCAAGCUGUCAUUAUCAUUUUUACUACUUUGUUGCAUUAAUGUAUUGCUGAUGUCCAAAUUUUAUUUUUCAUUUGUAUUCUCAUUCAAACUCUCUAAUACUUGUUGCAUCCAUUCUGGGAUCUGUUUAUGCCUACGACUAGAUCACCAUAUAUGGAUAAUUUGAGCAUACUCGAUCACCAUAUAUGGAUAAUUUGAGCAUACUCGAUCACCAUAUAUGGAUAAUUUGAGCAUACUCGAUCACCAUAUAUGGAUAAUUGAGAACAUUGAUGUUUAUCUCUGGUAAUGUGCAAGAAUAAAUCAAUUAUGGUACUUCAUUUUCUAACACAGUAAACUAUUAAACACACAUACUCUGACCAUCUAGAAAACAUGAUUAUGGGUGGGGGAACCUGAUUUUAGCAUUUCAAAGAUGUACUGACGAGCUGUACUUGUAGCUUGGCAGUUUGCAACACUGGUAAUGGACCUCAUUUACAAUUAGCCAUGAAGAUCUUGCUGGAGCAAUGUAACUUAUUUUUGUUCAAUGAAUAGUGUCCCAUUUUUUACCACCACUGACUCCAAACACUGGUUACACAAGUCAAGUGGACAUGAUGACCAAGAGGAACGUGUGGGCUGGCUCUUUACACGAUAUGGUGGCCAUCUGCAAGUUUUGUCAGUGUUGCUUUCAUUAAAAGACCUGCAUUGUUGUAACUGCUUUUAAAUUUUAAACACAUUUGACCCUUGUGUUGUAUGGGAACCACAUCAAAUAAUCACUAUCGGGCAGCAAUGAGGUGUAAUGCUUUUUUUUUUAAAAAAAACAACAAAUUGUGGGAAAUUUCAAUUGGUAAACUAUAUUAAGACUGAACUUUGCUGUGUCUAUUGGACUUGCCAAUGGAACCAUACAUCGAUACAUAAAUGUUGUGAUUGUCUUGUACCCCCCCCCCCUUUAGUUUUUUGCCAGUUUGAUGUAAGUUUUUUUUACCUCUUGGUCAACUUAUUUUAGCACAAGUGUAUUUAUUGACAAGUGAUGUGUUGUGAUUUGCUAAUAAACUUCCUAUAUUCCAAAACA